CAUGUAGAUUUCAUAGCUAUGUUACAGUUGUACUAAGAGUUUAAUUGAAGCUUCAAAUCUAAGUCUGAAAAAAGAAAAUCACAAAAUCAAAUAUCAAAAUUGAAUAUACUUGUUUUUGUUGUGAAAAUACACGGAAAUGUAUAUUGAAACAAUGGUAUUUUGCUCAGAUUUGUUUUUGUAUUUUAUUCUAAUCCAUCUAUGACAUAGUUCAAUAAAAAUAUAUGUAAUAUAUUUUAUAGGACACAAAGAGGAAAGUUGUUUCAUUUUAAAUUUCCUGCUAAAGUGGUUUCAUGCGCAAAUAGCUUCAGAAGUAAAUUAGAAUAUUUUGAGGAUUGAAAAGAAAUGCUAAAACGACUUUUUACAGUCUAAGCAAGGUCUUUUAUAGUUUUAAUUUUCCAUAAUCUAAUGGCCGGCUUUCUGGGUGAUUUAAGUGUAGGAAAAAGUUUGCGGAUAUCUACGGAAGAAAAUUGGAGAGAAAAAUAUAGUCUGGAACAUGGUGUGAGUAAUAUCUUCAUACUAGAUACAUCGAAGACCAUGGAUGGAGAAGGCUUUACUCAGAUGAAGAAAACAUUUGUUUCAAUGAUUGAAAGUUACUCUUUGCAACCAAAUUGGAAUGAACAAGUCGCAGUGAUACACUUUGGAAAAGAAAAUAAAUAUCUUCAUUAUCUUUCCAACAAUUACGAAUCUUUGAAGCGAGUAUUAGAUGACAUCUCUUGUUCGGGUCCAUCUGCAAUGAUUGGAGGUUUUCUUUUAGCAAUUCCUGGUUUGGAAGACCUGCAAUGUAUGACCAAUAUUGGCUUGUUUACUGUCCGAGCAAGAGUGAUCCUCAUUUCGGAUGGAAGAACAACAACUUCCAGCUAUUCGGAUUCAAAUUGUUAUAAUCAUCAAAUUGAAGAAGACCACAAGACGAUGCAACUUUUAGAACAAGUGCAACAAAUAGGGAAUAAACAUCCAAUAAUCUGUGUUCCAGUUGGAAAGGAUCCAAAUAUUAGUUUACUUGGGACAAUUGCCCAUGGAUCUCUGGGAGGAAAACUCGUACAUCCUGAGGAAGCACGAAAAUUUACCCGAUACACUUUCGGAAUGAUGAUUGCGAGAGAGAUUAUUGGUGAAAUGCCAUCAACAAUGUGUUCUAUUGAUGACGUUAAAAAUAUUGUAUUUUCUUCACGACGUCAGAGUUAUGUAACGGAACAUGAUUUAGAAAAUGUGGUUGAGAUAUUAAACAAUAGACGAGCUUAUGAAAUGUUUGUGUACGGAAAUGAGGAACAUCUAGGGAAGGAGGUUUAUACAGAAUGCAACAAAUUUCUGCCAGCACCAGGAACGAGGGUAAGCAGAGGUCCAAAGUGGCAUUAUAACGAUCAGGACUCUAAUGGACCCGGGACGGUUACGGGGCACCAGCAAAGAGGAACGAAAAAUGGAUGGAUAUACGUUGAAUGGGACACAGGAAUGAGAUUUCCUUAUGAAUAUAUGGAAGACAGUCAAGAAGAAAAUGUAAUUAUUCCUUGCAAUGAACCCCGAAUACUCCAAAGAGAAAACAUUGCUGUAGGAUGUCUUGUUAAAAGAGGUAAUUUUGGUAAAAUAAUUCACUAAAUAAACCUUUUCUUAUACAUGUUAUCCUAAAAUUAUUUCGAAUGAUAAAGUAAUUAUACAUUUAUCAGGAACAAUCUGAAAAAUUGUG